CCAUGGCACCAGAGCUGGAAUCUUGACACAAUGGAGGUUUCCCCGAGCCCAGCUUCAAGCAGUGGCCAGCAGAGGUCAAUGCAAACCUCCCGGCCCGAGUCUUUUCUGCUGAUUUUCAAUGUCAGCAAGAAGCAGAAUUUUGGCACUUUGCUUCGAUCGGCAUGCGCCUUUGGUGUGUCUGAGGUCUUGGUUGUUGGCGCGAAAAAAAUUGCGACCUUUGGAAAUCAAGGUACAAUGGCACACGCCAAUGUCCGGCACUUCGAAACACUUCAGGCGGCCAAAGCUGAGCUUGCCGCAAGAGGAGCUCGAAUUUGCGGCAUCGAAAUUGAUGACACCGCGCAAGCUGUCACACAGCAUCCCUUCACCGGUUCCACGGCCUUUAUGCUGGGUAACGAAGGUGAAGGCAUGUCGCAGGCGCAACGAGAAGCUUGUGAUUUCUUCGUCUACAUCCCACAGCACACAGGAGCCACAGCCUCGCUGAAUGUGGCCAUCGCAGGCUCAAUUGUUUUACAUCAUUUUGCCACCUGGGCUGGUAUGCCAGAACAUCCCAGGAACGGUGAGAAGUUUGUCCUGGAUCCAACCAGAAGCUCCUUGGAAAAGUUCCAAAAUCCAACAGAGGCAGAAAGAGAAGAAAUGGAACGAAAGCGAACAGAACGAGCAAAGCGUAGAAAGGAAUGUCAGGAGCCAGAAGAAGAUGAUCUUCCGGCGGCUGAUGACUAGCAAAUCGAUGGCACAAAACCAGCGAGUUCUUUCAUUUUA